AUGUACACGCAUGUCGCCGUUCACCGCUUCCACAACAUGGCGGACGAAUCUCAUCCAAAUGGAACAGACGUUGUGGACAAGAUGACCGUUGAGGUGGCCGAAAUGGCUUUGGAUGCAAACGAAACAUUAAAGCAAGCAGCUGCAGAACCGGUAAAGUCAAGCGAAAAUGACGCGAAUGGAGCAGCGGCAAAACCAGUAUCAACAGCGGCCUUUAAGGAACAAUUUAAGGCAUUUUCGAAGUUUGGCGAUACCAAGUCGGACGGAAAACACCUUACGCUUUCGCAAAGCGACAAGUGGAUGAAACAAGCGAAGGUUAUUGAUAAGAAGAUAACAACCACUGAUACGGGUAUACACUUCAAGAAGCUAAAAUCGAUGAAACUAACGUUGGAUGAUUACAACAAAUUUCUGGACGACCUUGCAAAAACGAAGAAAGUCGAGCUGGAUGAAAUUAAGAACAAAAUGGCUAACUGUGGCGCCCCUGGUGUUCAUAAUGCAACGCCAGGGAAAGCGGCAGAAACGGUGGCUCGCCUUACGGACACUUCCAAAUACACUGGAUCGCACAAGCAACGGUUCGAUGAAACUGGCAAGGGUAAGGGUAUAGCCGGCCGGAAAGACCUGGUCGAUCAGUCCGGAUACGUAUCUGGAUACGGGCACAAAAACACGUACGACAAAACCCAUUGA